CAGCGUGGAUGUUCCUUCAUCACAUUGGAAUUGAACGCGGGGCCCUGUUCUAGGUGCUGAGGUUCUAAAUUUAGAGGUUGAGGCUCCUCUCCGCACAGAGCACAGGCCAAGGUCCUCACCACCGCCCGCGGCCCCGCCGGCCCCUCCAACCCGCCCCAGCGGACCAGGACAGCGACGCCGUUCGCGGCGCAUAACCCGGAUCCCGGCCAGAGCCGCGACGACACCCGCUAAGUGGGCUGCCUUGGGAGGUGGUGAGCAGCCUGUCACUGGGAGAAUCCAAGCAGGGCGGCCAUGGAGGAACAUGUCUACUCAGAGUUCCCAAACCUUCCCGGAAGGCGGCGGCGGUGCUGUCGGCAAGGGACCCAGAUGGCACUGUUGGGGCUGGCGACCGUCAUGCUGUGGGCCGGGCUGCUGACCCUGCUUCUCUUUUGGCACUGGGACGCUGUGCAGAAUCUGAAACAGCUGGAAGAAACCGCUGCCCAGAACGUCUCUCAGGUUGCCAAGGACUUGGAAAGACACAGAGGGGACGAGAUGGCCCAGAAAUCCCGGGCUGCCCAGGUGUCACAGAACAUGGAGGAAAUCCAAGCUGAACAGACAAGAAUGAAAGCUCAGGACUCUGAGCUCUCCCGGAACCUGGAUGGACUUCGUUCGGACCUGAGCAACCUCAAGUCCCAGAGCUUGAACGAGAGGCGCGCCGCCUUGCACUCGUUGGAAAGGCUCCAGCAGGAGGUGGUAAAGCUGUGGAUUGAGCUCCACGUGUCCAACGCCCGGACCCCAAGAGUGACCCCAGGAGAGACGCUGCCACCCACCCUGCCUAUUGUCCCCACGGUGCCAGCCACAGCGCUGGCCACAACGUCCGCCACCGUGCCGGCCACAGCGCCCGCCACGGCGCCGGCCACAACGUCCGCCAUGGCGCCGGCCACAGAGCCCGCCACGGCGCCGGCCACAACGUCCGCCACCGCGCUGGCCACAGCGCCGGCCACGGCGCCGGCCACGUCCGCCACAGCGCCGGCCACAGAGCCCGCCACGGCGCCCGCCACGGCGCCCACCACGGCCGCACCCCUGAGCCUCUCCUCCGCCCCAGGCUCCACGUGUAACACGUGCCCCGAGAACUGGGUCAACUUCCAGAGGAAGUGCUACUACUUCGGCGAGGGCGCCAAGAAGUGGAUCCAGGCCCGGUUUGCCUGCAGCAAACUGCAAGGGCGGCUGGUCAGCAUCCACAGCCAAGAGGAGCAGGACUUCCUGGCCAAACGCGCCAACAGGAAGGGCACCUGGAUUGGCCUUCGGGACCUGGACAUAGAGGGGGAGUUUAUCUGGAUGGAUGAGAACCCCCUGAACUACAGCAACUGGCGGCCGGGGGAACCCAACAACCAGGGCCAGGGCGAGGACUGUGUGAUGAUGCAGGGCUCCGGGCAGUGGAACGAUGCCUUCUGUGGCAGCCGGCUGGACGGCUGGGUGUGUGACCGGCUGGCCACAUGCUGACCGCCCCUCCCCCGCCACCUCGGCCCCCUCCCUGGGGUUCCCCGGGAGGUCCUUGGAGACGCAGACCCUCAUGGCCCCCUGCCCACCUGCCAGGUGCACCCCUGCGUUGCUCCCCCAGCUCAGACACAGGAGCAGCCGGGCCCACGGCGGGGCCCGCAGCCGCGGCCUGGAUGCCUGUUUUGUGGCUAAGGCCCCAGCAACCCUUUCUCCCGCCCAAGAGGAAGAAGGGCUGUUGACCCCUCCCCGGCUCCUGCCAAUGCCCCUGAGGGCCUGUCCCUUACUCCUCAGCCCAGCAGGCUGUCACCAUGUCCCUGCCUUCAAGGGCUCAGAGUACCCACCUCGAGAACUUUCCAGAGAGCCUCAGACCCCUGUGAGCUUCCUCUGUCGGGCCGCCCCGCCGUCUGCUGGAGUCAGGACCACACCCCCGCCCCACCCCUGGCCUCCCCAGAUGCAGUCCCCGUGUCUUAGCACCCCUGGGAGAGGUCCCCGGCUCAGGCAGCCAGCCCCCUUGCCCCCAGCCCAUGUCAAUAAAAUGGGGGUGAAGAUGGCCCCAUCUCAGAAGCCUCCAGGCGUGGGAGCCGGGAGUUC